AUGAAACUGGUCAACGCGGACGACGAUCGCUCUCCCGUAUCCUAUUACCUGCCACACCAUCCCGUAAUUAAGGAUUCAAGCACGACCACGAAGGUCAGAGUCGUUUUCGACGGCUUAUCAAAAGCUUCAUCCGGCUUCUCACUCAAUGAAGCCCUUUGCGUGGGUCCUGUAGUGCAGGACGACUUGCUUACGCUCAUUCUCCGCUUCCGUACCCUGCCAAUUGCUCUCGUAGGCGACAUAGCAAAAAUGUAUCGACAGGUUCUAGUACACCCGGAAGACACACCCCUGCAGAGAAUCCUCUGGCGUUCCACCAACCACACUCCAAUUCAGACCUACGAGUUGCUCACCGUUACGUACGGUCUGGCCCCGUCAUCCUUUCUUGCGACCCGUACCCUGAAGCAGCUAGCGAAAGAAGAAGGUUCAUCGUACCCUCUGGGCCAGGCGGCCCUCGAAAAAUGUUUCUAUGUGGACGAUUUCAUCGGAGGAGCCCAAUCGAUCGAAGAAGCCGUACGUCUGAGGAACGAGCUAUCUGAGCUGCUGUCGAAAGGAGGAUUCGAGCUGCGUAAAUGGACUUCGAACCGCCUCAAGGUUCUUCACGGUUUGAACGACGACCAAAUUGGGACACAAUCUUCUCUGCAGUUCGGCCCUAACGAGACGGUAAAAACACUGGGAAUUAGCUGGGAACCCGAGGCCGACUUUCUUCGAUUCGAUUCACAAGUCGAACCAAACGAAAAACCGUGGACCAAGCGAGCAAUCUUGUCCACUAUUGCCAAACUCUUCGACCCGAUGGGCCUGAUCUCUCCGGUGGUGGUGACAGCAAAGAUGGUCAUGCAGCAGCUCUGGCUACUACCAUGUGGAUGGGACGAUCCAGUGCCAGAAAGCCUACAAGAGAAAUGGAGAAAUUAUUGCCAAGAUUUGCCCAAAAUAUCCGCAUUCCGUGUUCAACGAUACGCCUUUCUGCCAAACUCCAAGGUUCAACUGCAUACAUUCACCGAUGCUUCCGAAGCCGCAUACGGGGCAUGCGUUUACGCACGAUCUGCAGAUUCCAACGGCAACGUCAGAGUUCAGCUACUUGUCUCAAAGUCCAGAGUUGCUCCACUGAAGAAAAUGAACAUUGCUCGUCUCGAAUUAUGUGCUGCAGCGCUCGGCGCUCACCUUUACGACCAUGUCAAACAAGCCCUCGAUCUAGAAAUUGAGGCUUCCCACUUUUGGACGGAUUCCACCGUAACGCUGCAUUGGCUGAAGGCUCCCCCACACAACUGGAAGACAUACGUGGCGAACAGAGUAGCCGAGGUACAUCAUCACACCCAGGGUUCGCAGUGGCGACAUGUUCCGGGAACCGACAAUCCAGCUGAUUUCGUUUCGCGCGGCAUGACUGUUGACGAAUUACUCCGCUCCGAAUGCUGGAACAACGGACCUAACUGGUUAGCUCUCCCUUCGUCAAACUGGCCUGUGUUCGAUUUACCAGGAGCACCUGAGGCUGCACUAGAAGCGCGCCAAGUCGUAGCCACUGUUCAGAUCAAGAACGAUAUCAACCCACUGUUCCUACGCUACGAUUCCUACACCCGUCUGCAGUGCGUUACCGGUUAUUGCUUGCGUUACCUCUCCAACAUCCGAGCCGCGAUUAAAGCAAGAAAGAAUCCGCCAUCAUCGCCCAGUCCUCCCCGCAGCCGAUCCUUAACAAUCGACGAACUGCGAAUUGCAAAAACAUGCCUCACUCGUUUAGCACAGGAAAAUGCCUUCAGCGAUGAAAUCCGAGAACUAGAAAAGGGAAAAAAUGUGUCUAGAAAGUCCUCCAUCCGGUUGCUGAAUCCUAUCCUAGACUCUGAGAGAAUAUUGAGGGUUGGAGGUAGAUUAAACUUGUCCCAGUUGCCCUAUCACACCAAACACCCUGCCCUGCUCCCUAUCAAUCAUCCCUUCAGUCGCAUAAUAGCCCAAUACUACCACCUUAAGCUCCUUCACGGCGGCGGGCGCCACUUGCUCGCUACGAUUCGCCAAGAAUUCUGGCCACUGAAUGGCCGCCGAUUGGUGCGAAGCAUUGUACGCAAUUGCUUUCGCUGCACCCGCUUGAAUCCAGAACCAGUACAACAACAAAUAGGCCAACUACCGGCGCAGCGAGUGAUUCCAGGAAGACCGUUCGAAGUCACAGGCGUUGAUUAUGCCGGCCCGCUCUAUCUCAAGCCAGCACAUUUCCGAGCACCAGCGCUGAAAGCUUACAUCUGCAUUUUUGUAUGCUUCACAACGAAGGGCGUCCACAUAGAGCUCGCUAGCGAUUUGUCUACCCACACAUUCCUGAAUGCUCUUCGCCGUUUCAUCGCCCGACGCGGCAAGCCUGCCCACCUACACUCCGACAAUGGGAAAAACUUCGAGGGUGCAAAAAAUGAGCUCAUCGAACUGUACCGGAUGCUGAACAACACGAAAGACCGGGACCAAAUCGAGAACGUCUGCGCCUCCGAAGGAAUACAGUGCACCUUACUCCCUCGAAAGCCCCACACUUCGGCGGAUUGUGGGAGGCGGCAGUGA